AUGUCAUCACAAGAAUAUAAACCCGUAACGGUGGAUAAACCAAUAGAGAAUACAUACGAUUUAGGAAAUCUAGCUACAUUCGAUCCAAACCCAUUAUCAAAUGAAAAACUUACAUCAAAAAACGAAUCAGAAAAAGAAUCAUAUAUACAAUCAAUAACAAGAGAUAAUGUUCAAUUAUUAAUAAAUCAAAUAUUAUCAUUACCCGUCAAAACCACCACAGACAAUCAAGGAACAUCAACUGGUCAAACAUCAUCAAUGACAUUAAUCCAAUUACCAGAACCAACAACUCCAUUACCAAGAGAAAAAGGUAUACCAAAAGAUAAACCAAAAACUAAAUGGGAAGAAUUUGCAGCUAGAAAAGGUAUAAAAGCAAAAACUAAAAAUGGUAAAAUGGAAUAUGAUGAAGAUAAAGGUGAAUGGGUAAAUAAAUGGGGUUAUAAAGGAAAUAAUAAAAAAUUAGAUGAUCAAUGGUUAGUUGAAGUAAAUGAUGAACCAACAAAGAAAAGAAGAAGAGACGAUCAAGAUACUGAAUUAAUAGAUCCAAGAACUUUAGCAAGAUCAGAAAGGAAAAAGUUAAUAAAAAAGAAUGAACUUCAACAUAAACGUAAUUUAAAAAAUGCAUCAUCAUAA